UACGAAUUCAUUAUCGUCACUCGAGUACCGUUCGAUGACACAUCCAAACCGACAAUUUGCAGUUAACGCCUCUUCAGCGACAGUUGCCAACGACUUUUCUACGCACAACGACGCAAUGAAAAACAAAUCAUUGAUUUAUUUAGCCAUUCACGUUAUUCUUCUUGGAAUGGUAACAUGUCAAAUAAUGUCCUUCCUGGCGAAUCCCGCUGCUCUUAUUAAAGAAGAACUUCUGCUACAUAAUGCGAGUUUAGCAAAUCGCACAAUGCGUGAUUGCACAUGGCGACCGGUAGAUAUGAAAACGGUGUGUCCCGAUGAAGAUAUUAAAACUAUCCUCUACACCCCAGAUGGACAGAAGGAAGUUGUUGAUCCAAUGCAGGAUGAUUGGCUGAGGCAAUCUGCGUAUGAUUCUGAUAAGGAGGAUAUUCUGUUGAUACAUGGCUAUGCUGGUGGUGAUGACACUUUACCAAUCGCUGUGCUAAGAGACGCUUAUAUUAAAAAUGGGAGUUAUAAUGUAUGGAUGUUGGAUUGGGGUGCGCUGUGUCAACCGCCAUGUUAUCCCGCUGCUGUACAUAACAUAAAAGCAGUUGCCAAGUGUACUGGUGAUUUAUUAAUGGCUUUGCGUCGUGUUGGGCUGCGUACGGAUAAACUGACCUGUGUGGGUCACUCCUUAGGUGCUCACACAUGUGGUUUGAUUGCCAAACACGUGCAAUUCCGGAUGCACCGUAUUGUAGCAUUGGACCCGGCGCGCCCUUUACUUCCGGCCGCUAGUAGGUUGAGUAGCGGUGACGCGAGUGCUGUACACGCUGUGCAUACCAAUGCUGGUCAUUAUGGAGAAGCAGGCAGGUCUGGACAUGUUGACUUUUGUAUCAAUGGCGGUAGGACGCAGCCAUAUUGUGAAAAUGCUGGAUUUGAUGUUAACUUGUGUAGUCAUGUGUGGGCGAUUUGUUAUAUGGCGGAAAGUCUGCAUCCGUCAUUGGCGCGCCGAGCUGAACCCUGCUCGAGGAGAUGUCCGACGGGACCUCGACCAGGACAUCGAAUUGGGAUUCCAAUUCUUUUAGGGCAAUUCACACCUCUAAAAGUUUCUGGUUCGUACUGCGUUUUCACGCCAGAUCCGCCAUAUUGUCCACAGAAACCGGGUGAUAUUGGUGAUGUGCGUUGUUGUCUUCGGGCACCCGAUUACGAAGUUACCGAGGUGAUAGAUGACGUUUAUGAUAAUAUUACGGUGGCCAACUAUAUAAUAUCAUAAAUAUUUUAUUAUUUUAUGCCGUACUAUUUUAUGUUUAUUUUACAAACUUGUAAAAAAUGUUAAUAGUUAAUGUAAAAUCGCGCAAAUCUUUCAUUAAAUUUAAAAAUUUAAUUUAAAA